GCACGCACACAAACACACAUACAAAUACACACACAAAAUCAUAUGUACGCAAAUACAGACAUAUGCAUAACACCCAAGCCUGAAAUCACCUCGGAAAUUACCUACAGAGGAAAUAAAGACAGGGCCCAGACUGUGUGAGCGUUGACACAGAAUCCUGAGGGCCUGAAGUGAGGAGGCAGGUUGGUCGACUGGUUUGUUAGACUCAGAUCCACUGGCCGUGCAGCGCUCCAGUCAUCAUCAGCAGGUGAAGGACUCAUUCACAGAGAGAUUUACCCACACGCUGGAUGUUGUCAUUUCUUCUCUGAGCUGCGUGAAUUUUACCAAGAGGUGGGGCAGCACUGACAUUAUCCACCAAACACCAUGGACCAGGAGGAUGACAAAAACUCUGUGGAUAUCCAUGACAACCCUCCAGCUCCUGACAACGUAGUGAGGGAGGACGGAGACACUGUCUAUUUCAUAUAUGAGGAGGAGGUGGAGGUAGAGGAGAAGGAGCCAGAACCUCCUCCUCCUGUUGUCCGGGUCAACGACAAACCCCACAAGUUCAAGGACCACUACUGCAAAAAACCCAAGUUCUGUGACGUCUGCGCUCGCAUGAUAGUCUUGAACAACAAGUUUGCUCUGAGGUGUAAAAACUGCAAGACCAACAUCCACCAUUCAUGUCAGUCCUACGUCGAGUUCCAGAGGUGCUUCGGCAAAAUUCCACCUGGCUUCAGACGGGCCUAUAGCUCCCCGCUGUACAGCAGUGACCAACCAGAUCCAAACAACCCAAACCGGAACGACCCCGUCUUUGACACCCUGCGGGUUGGUGUCAUCAUGGCAAAUAAGGAGCGCAAAAAGAAUGAGAAUGACAAGAAAAAUAUGAUGGUGAUGAUGGAGGAAGAAGAAGAGGAAAACCAACAGCCAAAAGAGAAUGAGGAGGGAGGAGAAGGGAAGCCUGAGGAUAAGAAGGAGAAAGGAGGAGACAAAGCAGAUGACAAGGCAAAGGGUACAUUCUCCCAGGGUCACUAUUACCUGGCUCUCUACCGCUUCAAGGCCAUAGAGAAAGACGAUCUUGACUUCCACCCUGGUGAUCGGAUCACAGUACUGGAUGACUCCAAUGAAGAGUGGUGGAGGGGAAAGAUGGGGGAGAAGUCAGGCUACUUCCCAACCAACUACCUCAUAAAAGUGCGUGCAUCAGAAAGAGUUUUCAAGGUGACACGCUCCUUUGUUGGAAACAGAGAAAUGGGACAAAUCACACUGAAGAAAGAUCAGAUUGUGGUGAAGAAAGGAGACGAGAAAGGCGGCUAUUUGAAGGUCAGCACUGGACGCAAGCUGGGCUACUUCCCUGCUGAUCUGCUGGAGGAGAUCACUGUGACAUAAAAACCACGACAUGCAACCAAAGAGCCUGCAACACACUUUAAACAUCAGCACAAAUUGGAGAUGUCAUUGUAACAGAAAAUGUGCUAUCUUUGUGUCUGACACAGCAGAAAGGUAUUCGCUGUGAUGUAUUUGUGCCUUUGACGCAAAGAGGAGCAUGAGGAAGGAGAGAUUAAUGAUUUGAUAUUUAAAAAAAAAAAGUUUUAUUGAUGCAUACAUUAAUAAGUUGGUGAGACAACCAGCUUUAUGAAUUGUUUUUUUUUUGUGAAAAUCAUUAUACAAAUAGUCAGAUGCUUUACCUGCUGAUUAUAGUAAGUGUUGAGGAGAGGAAGAGACAACCUGGAGAGCCUUGCAAAGGGCAAUAAAUCCAUUUAUAUAUUUUUAAUUUACAUGAAGAUAGACAUUUAACACAUGCAUCAGUAUAUUUAUGAAUCAAUUUGACAAUGAGAAUCUGGGGUUAUGGUACAUAAUGAAUGUUUCUCUUGGUACAUUACAUUAGUUGUUAAAAUCAACUGCUUGUUUAAGUAUUAUAUAUGUUUUAAUAAUAUACACAUUUCAGUUAUUUUCUAAUAAAAUAUCUAUCGACAGGUUUGUUACCAUUUGCAAGGCUUGCUAGGUCCUUUAUAUUCACGUAAACAGAGGCUUCGAAGCCAUUUCAGCAUGUACAUAGCUGUAUAUUAACAAAGACAGCAAAAACUGUAAGGACAAUUUCCUAGAUUGGGCUUGUACAUAAUUUCACACGGACCUGACAAACUAUAGAAAAGCUGUAUGAAAGAAACU